AUGAAUGGACGCCACAAUGGAACAUCCAUGCGACCUACAUCCAGAUUCACAUCAUCUAGCCGGAAGUCGGUUCUUCAGGGAACCAAGAACUUUGUCUGGGAUCGUGAGGAGUUGUCCUCCAAUCUGCCUUACUUCAAUAACAACUAUGAGAUCCCAUUCAAUCGACCACCGAAUGAGGUCAACUUUUUGGGCGGUCUGGGCAGCAACAAGGCUCACUAUAGGUCCAAAGUGCACCCACAGCGCUUCUCGACGGUUCAAAAGUUGAUGCGAAUGAGAACAUCCAAUCGCAUGCUGGAAACGUUAACGGAGGAUCUUCGGAAGGUGAAUCUGUGCCGGCAUUCGGAGAAGCGGAGCCAUAAGAAUCGAAAUGUUGGUGAGUUUAUCAACAAGAUAACCGAUGAACUUCAGCUGGCAGGGAACGUCGUGAAAUCAACGCCCUCCGAGCAGUCAGAUGUGCAGUUCCAAGCAAGUGCUAGGAAGAACUUCUCGGAUGAUGAUUAUAAAGAAAUGAUUCAGAAGUUGGAUAACAUGCUGCUGGAAGAUCAGGGUCCGAGCACUUUCCAGGGGACUACAUUUCGGGACUGGGCAUUGAAGGAACGGUAUUAUUUCAAGAACAAAAACAAUUUUGACAUGAUGAAGCGGGAGAAGGAGAAUCUGCAAUCGGAGAUGGGUUCGUCAGUUGAUACGAAGUCGUGUGACUACAUAGCGGCGGAUGGAAGGCGCGUGACGAAGCUCAGUAGGGCUACGAAAAUUCCUCACAUCGAGGGGCACAUGUAUGGUCCAUUUACGAAACUUCCCCGAUUGGAUCCACUGCUGGAAAAUGAGACGAAAUUUGGAAUUCCGUUGAGUCUAUUGGUUCGAUCGUACCGCGAGAUGGAUUCAAUGAAGGAAGGCGAACGGAAUGUGAUCAAUACGAGACUGUCCCAUAUGAGGAUUCCGCUGUGUCCAAGGAGCAGCGAUGAGUCGUCCGAUGACGAUGAAAAGAUGGAAGAGGUCAAAAUUUUGUCAUUUUUGAGAACGCCGUACUUUCGAAUUCCGACGAUUCGGACGCAGAAGAAACGACGCAAGGAUCGACUUCGCAGCCGUUGGUUGAAGAAGGAUCGCUUGAAGAGAAUCACGAUGCUGCUGUAUGAUCGUUCGGAAGAGAAUAUGAGAUUCAGGAAGCGCAGUGGUCUGAACAGACAUGGAUCGGAUUCCGAUUCAGUUGACUCUUCCGGAGUUAGAAGGAAGACUGCUUCCAAGCAUUCGAAACAGGAUGACAGACAGGAGCUGUCCGAUAAACGGAAACGAUACUACGAAUUUAUUGAACAAAAGUCCCGCGAGUAUCGCCGUCUGUACGACGAAUGCCUGCAGCAAAGGAUGACAUCGUUCCAAGAUUUUAAGAACAUUGACUUGGACGACAAGCUGUCCGAUACAUCGAGAUCGAAGUCACGAUUGCAGAAGUUGAAAUCACCUGAUGAGGUUAAGGAACCGCAGGAGAGAGCAGUUCUACGGUUUCCUUCCAAUCGCUUCAAAAGCCUAUCCAGGAACGAUGGGCUUAUAGGUUCGUUCUACAUCGAUCCGGAGUUUCAUGACAAGACGAAAGAUUUAAAGAAGUACAAGAAACGGUCCAAAUACUACACCAGCCUGAUGAGAGGCCAGGUUGACCUUCGUCAACGCUUGCAAGUCAACGCUCCGGACUUUGAUGAGGAACAGCUCGGUUUCAAGACCAAGUUCUUCAACCGGUUGGCAACCGAGUGGGACAAUUACUACAUCCACGAGCUGCGCUAUCGCCCCAAGGUGCGGAAGUUCUGUCCGAAAACUGACAUUCUCAACAUGCGCGAUCAGCGUCGGAAGACGUUCCUGCAGUACUACAUAGCGGAGAACUUGCUGAAGAUUCGAGAGAGACAGAUUUUGGAGAAGAAAUUUGCCAAAUGGAUCAAGGAUUUCUGCAAGCAGACGAAGCCACUGUUCAAGGUGUGGAAGAAUAAUGCCUACGAUAAGGUGCUGCAAAUGUCCGAUAGAGCGAAGGAAGCACAGCAGGAGUCGAAACGGUUGAGGAAUGUGCUUCAGGAUAGACAGAACAAAAUCGAAGCGAUCACGGAGAAGAUCCUACUUUUGGAGGAGCGCUGGACUAAGAUCAUGCAGAUGCGGAACUAUUACUAUCUCCUAAUGGACUCUCAGUGGAGACUUCAAAAUGAUCAUUUGCACAGAUCUUCAAACGGGAUUCUUCUUUCGGUUUCCGAGAGUGUGUGGAACUGCAAGUCCUUAUUCAUUCGAACUGAAGGCAUCAAUAUCGGAACAGAGAUUGCAGCGUUUUACGAAGAACGAAUUUUCCCUGAGCUAGAAAAACAUCCAAGCUGCGUUCCGGACCCGGCCCUUUUCCUCAAAGGCCUCGGACAGAUCAAUCAUCGUACCAUCGAAUUGAUCCAGAAGUACAACAACAAGCUGAUGGUGUUCAGCCGAAUCGAUUAUCACUACAAGGGUGUGUUGCAGGAGUUUCCAAGGUACUUUAGUAGCCAUAACGAUAUGUUGGAACUGUACAACAACAAGGUGAUGAUGAUACAGCGCAAGAACGAGGCCAUGAAGCUUCAGGUCAAGCAGUUGCUCGGGGAUCCGCUGAGGAAGUGUGUCAGCAACAAAACGAUGCGGAUUACCAGCACUAUCCUGAAUCAACUGUAUGACUUUAUUAGAAACUCGAAAAAUCUUGACAAGGAAAUCGUUGAGAUCAGCAAUAUGGAAAAGUUGGCCAGCAUACACCAAUUCAUUGUGGAUUUGCUGGCUGACCUGGACAAACUUCCGCUGGACAUACUGAAGGCUUCGGAGUUGGAAGCACGCAAGAAUAGAAAGCUGGCACUGAAGCAAGCCAACAGCGCUCUGAAACGGAAGGAAGUGUUUGAUCUGCUUCGCAAGCAGUUGAGAUGGCACGUCAAAAAGUGA